UUUGCGUUUAUUUGGUCCGGGUGCAUGCGGAAGUUUCUGUUUAAUUUGAGUUUGCCGAAAGGAGGCGGCUGCUGUAAAUAAACCUUAAACCUCUCAAAGUUUUAAGGAACGAUGGAUCUAAAUAACGAAUCUGUUAAAAAGACUCUAUCUAAGUACAAAUUUCAUGAUGUUGCUAUUGAAGAAUUACAGAAAAUUCAUCGUCAAUACCCAGACAUGAACGCAAUGGUCGGCACAUACACAUUUACUGACAGUUCUCAGAAGGACCUGUUAAAGGUGCUGGGAAACAUUCCUGUCAGGUACAGAGGUCGUUCCUACAACUUGCCCAUCCAGCUGUGGCUGCUGGAUUCGUUCCCCUUUACGCCACCUAUCUGCCUUCUUCGGCCCACAUCCAGCAUGGUGAUCAGGGAGGGCAAACAUGUGGAUGCCAAGGGCAGAAUCCACCUGCCUUCACUGCACAACUGGGACUAUCCCAAGUCAUCUGUAAUCGUGCUGCUGGGGGAGAUGAUUGCUAAAUUUGAAGAGGAUCCUCCUCUGGCCUCGAAGUCUACAAGAGAUGAACAAGAUCCCAGUGAGCUGCUUGCAGUAGUUUCCCAUCUGAACAUCACUGAAGGUGGGAAUCGGCCUUAUCAGAGUGUAAAUAAGAUCACUGUGAUUGGAGGAGGAGACUUGGGAAUGGCUGCUGUGUUGAGUAUAAUGGCAAAAGGUUUUGUGGACAAACUGGUUUUAAUCGACAUACCAGAGAGUUCAACCAAAGGAGGCACCAUGGACUUGGAGAUUUUCAGCCUGCCAAAGGUGGAAGUCUCAAAAGAUUUGUCAGCCUCUGCUGGUUCUAAGGUGGUGCUGAUUACAGCAAAUGCUUGGAAUAACGAGCAGUCGUUUGUGAGCGUGGUGCAGACUAACGUGGACCUGUAUGGGAAGAUCAUCCCGACAGUAACUCGCCUCAGUCCUAGUGCAGUGCUGCUAAUCGCCUCCCAGCCUGUUGAGAUAAUGACCCACGUGGCAUGGAGACAGAGCUGCCUGCCACCUACACACGUAAUUGGUGUAGGGUGUAACCUGGAGUCUGAGAGACUCUCUAACAUCCUCAACAUUGCAAUACUGGCCAACAGCACCAACAAAAAAGCCUGGGUCAUAGGAGAGCAAUCAGACAACAAGGUUGCUGUCUGGGCUAACGUAAGUGGAGACAAACACCAAGUAUUGGUCCCAGUGUCCAACUCUACAAGACCUCUGAUAGACAGGGCAUUUGAGAUGUUGAAGGGGAGAGGUCAGAGGUCAUGGUCAGUGGGGUUGUCCAUUGCCGACAUCACACACUCCAUUCUUACAGACGAGAGAAAAACGCACUCCAUCACUACGCUGGCUCAGGGCUGGGGCGGAAUCAGCUCUGAGGUGUUCCUCAGCUUGCCCUGUGUGUUAGGAGUAAACGGAUCCACCCGUCUGGCAGGUGUGGCCCUCAGCUCAGAAGAUGAUGCCAAACUGAAAGAGAGUAUCUCAUCUCUGAGCAACCUCAUCAUGCAGCUAAAGAUUUAAUCCCCAAACCCUCUCAGGUCCCUGUAAAGACUUCCAAAGCCAGCAGCAGCCUCCUAACGUUAACGGCUAAUCUGUUUGCAAAGCGAACCUCAUCCAGAUCUACAAACUGUAACAGCCCACAGAAAGCUGUUAGAAUUACACACUGCAUGGUGCCUUAUGAUAAACGUUUGAAUGCAAGAAAUGCCCAAGUAAGUAGAAUGUACAGACUCCGAAUGCAGGUGAUGAGAACGUAAAACACUUUGAGUGUGUGUUCCAUAGCAACACACGUCGUCUAUACAAUUAAUUUAGCAUUGAAUAGCACUUGAACAUACUUUUUUUUUUUUUUUUCCUCGUUUUAUCCACGAUUUCACUUGUAAUUUCUAAAUUCUCUGCUAGCUAACAGAAGUAAUUGGCUUGGACAGCGUUCACGUGCACACUUUAUGAAGACGUCAUAUCGAGAUUUUUAUUUGUAUUUUUUUAGGUGACUGUUAGAAAAAUGCUCAGAAGAGCUCAAUACACUGUUACUGUACUUUAAACUUCCAUGUCUGCUUUUAUAUUUUCUUACUGUUAAUGAGGUGAUUAUUUAUGGAACUGAUUAUAUUAGAAAAUGAAGGUAUGGCCCAGGAACAAUAUUACUGUGAUUGAAUUAUACCAAAGCACUCUAAACCAAUGAAAGGCCUUUUUCUAUUUGACUUUUUGUCAUGUACAUGUACACUAGUUUACUUAACGAGGUGUCUGAAGAAAGUCACACUAUUUAUAUUUAAAGUAAGUGGGUGAUGGGUACAUACUUGUUUUUGACUAAGAUUGCACUGAUUUGCACUUUUCUAUGAGCUGAAGUGUGUGUUCAUGUAAUACAUGUAACCAGCCUGCUGUUCUGCUUUAGAGGGAACUCACACAGCAGCACUGAAUGCAAACUGCUAAUAAAGAUCUCAGUGUAAAA